UGCAGACCGCUUUCUGUAUCAGGCAAGCCGCGAGUCUAUGGUCUUGGAGGACUGCAUGCUUGGGGCAGGCGUGGCUCCGCAGGCGCUGGGCGAGCAGCGGAAUUCUUGACGGCCUUGGCCCGGUCCCGGUUCCGGUUCCGUCCCAGGUUACGACGCGGCGCGUACCAUGCUGGCCAAUCGGCUGUGCACCAUGAGGAAGCUUCCUUCUGUUCUGGCUAAGGCACUCACUUCUGGGACCAGUGGUUCCCCAGUGCUUCCUGACAUGUCUGAAGGACACUUAGCCAUUCAUGUCAAUGAUGUGCGGAGCAGAUUGAGGGAUAUAGUGGGAGCAUCCACCAACUGGAGGGAUCAUGUACAAGCAAUGCAAGAAAGAAAGGCUCUUCAUACGCUACUGGCAAAACGUCAGGAGGAUCUUCCUCCUAGGAAAAUGAAGGAUAGCUACUUGGAAGUUAUUCUGCCUCUAGGAAGUCAACCUGAAAUAAGAGAGAAGUACCUGAAUGUACACAACAGUGUGAGAUUUGGAAGGAUACUGGAAGAUCUUGACAGCUUAGGAGUUCUUAUUUGCUACACUCACACCAAGCAGGAAAUGCAGCCAAAGUCUCCCUUAUCAAUAGUUACAGCUCUGGUGGAUAAAAUCAACUUGUGCAAGAAAAUUAUAUACCCAGAUCGUGACAUCAAAUUCACAGGCAAUGUCUCUUGGGUUGGGAAGACCUCAAUGGAAGUUAAGAUGCACAUGCUGCAGCUCCUGGAUGGUGAUUACAGCCCUGUGUUAGAUGCAACCUUUGUCAUGGUGGCUCGGGAUCCAGAGAACAAACGGCCAGCAUUUGUUAAUCCACUCAUUCCUGAGGGCCCUGAGGAAGAAGAAAUCUUCAAGCAAGGGGAAUUGAACAAGCUGAGGAGGAUUGAUUUCAGCACUGCUUCCUUACUGAAAAUGGCUCCCACUGCAGAAGAAAGAAACAUUAUUCAUGACUUAUUCCUGAAUACAUUGGACACAAGGACAGUAAGUUUCCGGAGUCGUAAACUACCGCCCAAUUCAGUCUGGAUGGAAGAUGCAAAGCUAAAAGGCCUACAGAUUUGUCAUCCUCAGGAGCGUAACAUCUUCAACAGGAUCUUUGGAGGCUUCCUUAUGAGAAAGGCAUUUGAGCUGGGCUGGGCAACUGCUUGCAGCUAUGGGAGUUCCAGACCUUUUAUUGUAUCUGUUGAUGAUAUCAUGUUUCAGAGGCCAGUUGAGGUUGGAUCCUUACUGCUGCUUUCUGGGCAGGUCUGUUACACAGAAAACAACUACAUCCAGGUUCGAGUACACAGUGAGGUUUAUGAUGCAGACACCAGGGAGCAGCAGACAACCAACAUCUUCCAUUUUACAUUUAUAUCUGAAAGUGAGGUCCCACGAGUUGUCCCCAAAACUUAUGGAGAGUCCAUGUUGUAUUUAGAUGGGAAGCGACACUUCGCUGAGCUCAUGAAAGAAAUCUGACAGCCUGAACGCUGCACCAGCAGUGUAGCAGGAGAGAGCUGGCACCAGAGGUGGCUAACAGACAGGUGUUUGCAAUACUGAAAAAACCCCAACAAAACAA